AUGCCCAUCCACGAGAUCAAAAAUCUACCUGACUUCCUCGAGAAGAUCCUCAACUCCCAAGAUCUCGUCGUUCUCGAUUGCUUCGCUGAGUGGUGUGGCCCCUGCAAGGCUAUCGCGCCCUUGAUCGAGCAGUGGAGCAAUGAAAACCCCCACAUCAAAUUCUACAAGGUCGACGUCGACAAGGCAGAUGAUGUGGCGCAAGAACUGAAUGUUCGGGCGAUGCCUACUUUUAUGUUUUUCAAGGGAGGAGAGAAAGUCACGGAAGUGGUUGGCGCAGACCAGAUGCAAGUUGCGAAUGGGAUCAAGUUACUUACUGCUUAG